AUCGACAGCAGCAAGGCUGCCGUGCCCGUAGCCCGACGUAACGAGCGCGAGCGAAAUCGCGUGAAAUUAUUAAAUCUCGGUUUUGCCCGACUGCGUGCAGUGGUACCUUCGAAGGAGGGUGAACAACUGAGCAAAAUUUCCACUCUAAAGAAAGCCAUCUGGUACAUUGAACAUCUGGACCGGGUGCUCAAUGAACCCCUAGAAGAUGAUGCAACUGAGACAUCGGAUGUUGAUGAUGAUACAAAGGAUAGGGUCAACUACAACAACUUCCGGAUCGGGGUGGUAGGCACAGACUUGGGUUUUGCUGGAUCCUCUUCCAACAACUUCACGACGACGUAUCAGACUCCUGCCCACGUGACCAACGAUAGCAUGAGCAGAUGUCAGGCGUACUGUGACACCUCUUCACCAGCCAAACCAAAGUUUCCGUCACCCAUCCUACCGGAGCGCUGCUAUCCGAGCUACUACUCCGAGCAGAGUUACUGCGAGUCCUCCGAUACAGGUCCGCGAAGGGCGCUGGACUUCUUGACUCCAGUCAGGAGACCAGUGGAGACAAGUUCCGGCCUCGGAGACAGCGGCUAUGGCAGUAGCAUUCAGAGCAGCGGUCCCCCGCUGUCCAGAGAGAAACUACCGCCUUACGGUACUGCCUCUCCUUACGACUACGCCGUCUCGGGAACGGGACUGUCGAUAUCGACGCCACCAGUCGCUGUUACAAGUUGUCCCGGCUGGAAUCCCCUUCGUCUGAGCGAGAUCUCGCCCCUGAUGACGCCAACAUCCUCACCGUCGGCACCUCUACAAUGGUCCAUUUUUGAGCCUACGAUGAGAUGA